UUUAGUUCCUAGAACUUCUAGUUUUUGGUCAUCAUGGGUAACAGCAAAAGCGGGGCCCUUUCCAAAGAGAUUUUGGAGGAGCUGCAGCUGAACACCAAAUUCACGCAGGAGGAACUGUGCACCUGGUACCAGUCUUUUCUAAAGGAGUGCCCCAGCGGGAGGAUUAGCGAGAAGCAGUUCGAAAGAAUCUACUCCAAGUUCUUCCCAGACGCUGACCCAAAAGCUUAUGCCCACCACGUCUUCAGGAGCUUUGACGCCAACAGCGACGGCACGUUGGACUUUAAGGAAUACAUGAUAGCCAUUCAUAUGACCUCAUCGGGCAAAGCCAACCAGAAACUAGAGUGGGCAUUCUCCUUAUACGACGUGGACGGCAAUGGGACCAUCAACAAAAAAGAAGUGCUGGAGAUCAUUACGGCAAUAUUCAAAAUGAUUAAUGCCGAAAACCACAAACAUCUUCCGGAGGACGAGAACACCCCGGAGAAGAGAACCAAUAAAAUAUGGGACUACUUCGGCAAGAAGGACAACGAUAAACUGACUGAAGGAGAAUUCAUUCAAGGAAUCGUCCAGAACAAAGAAAUUCUGCGUCUGAUCCAAUAUGAACCCCAGAAAGUCAAAGAGAAGAAACACUAA